UUAAUCACUCUGAUCAAAUACCAUUAAUUAUCACCGAUCCUCUGAUUAAUCACUCUUUAAUCCUUUCUCUCUCUCUCUCUCUCUCUCUCUCUCUCUCUCUCUUUCUUUUUCUUCUUCUUCUUCCUUCCAUAGAGAGCACCUUAUGCUGAUUCCUCUCUUCCUCCUUCUCAAAUCGUAACCUCGAUCCCCCCGAUUCCUUUUCACAAUUUUAUCCUUAAAGUUUCGAUUUUUCAUUUCUGGGUUUUUGCGUCUCUGAAUCAUGGCGGUUGUUGAGACUGUAGCAGCUGAUGCAGCCGCAGGAGGAGUCGUGACCCAGCCGCCGUCUUCACCACCUUCUUCAAUGACAAGUCAAGAUUCCGGCGUUUCUUCCGAUGAUCAGAACCAUCACUCCAGGAUCGAUCAAGUUCUCCGCCACGAUCAAGUAGUAGUUGGUGGUGGUGGUGGUGGUGGUCUCUACAGCAAGAUCGGGUCACACGUGGCGAGAUCCGAUGGCGUUGACGGUGGUGAGAGCUUCAAUCGUGAUAUGAGAGAGCUUCAGGAGCUUUUCUCUAAGCUCAAUCCCAUGGCUGAAGAGUUUGUUCCUCCUUCUCUCAAUAAACAAGGAGGUAACGGAGGACUUAACGGUGGUUUCUUCACCUCUGCUGGUUCCUUUUUCCGUAACAAUGGCUUUGCUGGUGCUGCAAACGAAAACGGUGGUUUCCGAAGGAAGAAGAGCUUUGGUCAAGGGAAGAGAAGAAUGAAUGCUCGAACAAGCAUGGCUCAGAGGGAAGAUGUUAUCCGUAGAACUGUCUAUGUCUCUGAUCUUGAUCAACAGGUCACUGAAGAGCAACUAGCUGGUUUGUUUGUGAGUUGUGGACAGGUUGUUGAUUGCCGUAUAUGUGGUGACCCAAACUCGGUGCUUCGGUUUGCAUUUAUUGAGUUUACUGAUGAAGAGGGUGCGAUGACUGCUCUGAAUUUGUCGGGGACUAUGUUAGGAUUCUAUCCUGUGAAAGUUCUGCCAUCCAAAACAGCUAUUGCACCGGUUAAUCCGACAUUUUUGCCCAGGACUGAAGAUGAGCGUGAGAUGUGCGCAAGAACUAUCUACUGCACUAACAUUGACAAGAAGGUGACUCAAUCUGAUGUGAAGGUCUUUUUCGAAUCGUUCUGCGGAGAGGUUUACCGCCUGAGGUUGCUUGGAGAUUAUCAACACUCAACUCGUAUUGCUUUUGUAGAGUUCGUAAUGGUAAUUGUCAAAAUACACCUCCACGCCAUCCUUGAUCUCUUGUGUCAAAUUCUGAGUAAUCAAUCUAUCGUUUAUAUCUUCACAGGCAGAAAGCGCAAUAGCAGCUCUCAACUGCAGUGGAGUUGUUCUUGGUUCUUUACCGAUAAGGGUGAGUCCUUCAAAGACGCCUGUUCGUCCCAGAUCACCGAGGCAUCCAAUGCAUUGAUCUUAUAGCUUUACAAGGUUUUCUUUCACAUAUCUCGUGUCUCACUCAAUAUAUAUAUAUAUAUAUAUGGCUGUCUCUUCUUAAAAAACCGCAUACACAGUUAUGUAAAGAUGUUUGUCUGCAUCUCUCAUCUCUUCGUUGUUCGGAAUGUAACUCUGGGAUCUUGAUGAUGCUUCCUUCUUCUUCCGUUGCCUUUUUUUCUUCUUACCGGAGAAUCUUUUGGGUAAAAAACCUCGGUAGAGCGUUUUUAAA